UUUGAUGCCCUCUCUCUUUCCAAGGGGGAAAGUUUAGAGACACAUAUUUUAAAACACAUCUGCAAAAAAAUGUAAAAGUAUUUUCAUUUAAAUUUUACUUAUAGAGAAUGAAGUAUCAACUGCGCACUAUUUGACUCAUACCCACCAAAGUUCUAUAUCGUAGUCUAAGGGGGGUCUGGUUGAACACUGUGGAAGCUUGGAGCUGGAGUCAUACCAACAUUCUACUGCUUGAGGAUAUCCUUCCUGUAAGGACUCAAGUAUCUCACUGUUUGGAGGAGGUGGAAUUGGAUGGAAGUGUCUGACGUGAAACAGUGAUCAGUUGUCUUCACACAACGUCUACUAGGAGUUCCUUACUACUGAAUUAUCUGAAGAAGAAAAACAUUCUGGGUGAUUUUGGAACAUUGCAACUGCAAGGCUUCACAGGACUUUAGCUGUACUCAAGUGGAUGAGGCAGUUCUACUGAUUUAGUUGUACUCAAGUGGAUGAGGCAGUUCUUCUGAUUUAGCUGUACUCAAGUGGAUGAGGCAGUUCUACUGAUUUAGUUGUACUCAAGUGGAUGAGGCAGUUCUACUGAUUUAGUUGUACUCAAGUGGAUGAGGCAGUUCUUCUGAUUUAGUUGUACUCAAGUGGAUGAGGCAGUUCUUCUGAUUUAGUUGUACUCAAGUGGAUGAGGCAGUUCUACUGAUUUAGUUGUACUCAAGUGGAUGAGGCAGUUCUUCUGAUUUAGUUGUACUCAAGUGGAUGAGGCAGUUCUACUGAUUUAGUUGUACUCAAGUGGAUGAGGCAGUUCUUCUGAUUUAGUUGUACUCAAGUGGAUGAGGCAGUUCUUCUGAUUUAGUUGUACUCAAGUGGAUGAGGCAGUUCUACUGAUUUAGUUGUACUCAAGUGGAUGAGGCAGUUCUACUGAUUUAGUUGUACUCAAGUGGAUGAGGCAGUUCUUCUGAUUUAGUUGUACUCAAGUGGAUGAGGCAGUUCUUCUGAUUUAGUUGUACUCAAGUGGAUGAGGCAGUUCUUCUGAUUUAGUUGUACUCAAGUGGAUGAGGCAGUUCUUCUGAUUUAGUUGUACUCAAGUGGAUGAGGCAGUUCUUCUGAUUUAGUUGUACUCAAGUGGAUGAGGCAGUUCUUCUGAUUUAGUUGUACUCAAGUGGAUGAGGCAGUUCUUCUGAUUUAGUUGUACUCAAGUGGAUGAGGCAGUUCUUCUGAUUUAGUUGUACUCAAGUGGAUGAGGCAGUUCUUCUGAUUUAGUUGUACUCAAGUGGAUGAGGCAGUUCUUCUGAUUUAGUUGUACUCAAGUGGAUGAGGCAGUUCUUCUGAUUUAGUUGUACUCAAGUGGAUGAGGCAGUUCUUCUGAUUUAGUUGUACUCAAGUGGAUGAGGCAGUUCUUCUGAUUUAGUUGUACUCAAGUGGAUGAGGCAGUUCUUCUGAUUUAGUUGUACUCAAGUGGAUGAGGCAGUUCUUCUGAUUGCCGUUUAUCUUUUUGUGGACUAUGGUUUUGGAUUAUGCUAUUUUGGAUUUAAAUUUUUGGGGACGUGAAUAAUGUUUAAAUCAACAAUCGAAAUGCUGAAAUGUAACGGGGGUUUUUUCACACUUUGUGUGGCAUCAGGGAUUCUCUUGUGUGUAUCCGCCGUCGCCGAGGACCAGAAAUGCAGCAUAAACGUAACCGAGGCCGACAGCAGUCUGGAAUCUAUAACGUUGAGACUGACCACGGAGGGACAGCAGUGUAACUUCACUGUGUUAUCUGUGGACAGUAGCUCUGUAGUAACAGCCUGUGUGGAGGAUCUGAAGGACAACAAUACGUUUCGAUGCCAGGUAGUGAGUUUACAACCCGGAACAUCACACACCCUGCAAAUCAUGUCUACCACAGAUGGACAACGGGCCAAUGUCACCCUGCAGACCAGUCCAUCGACAGUCAGUGGCCUACAGGUGUCUGGGACAUCAGACAGCCUGGGUGUUUCCUGGCAGCCUGGCCCAGGGAGGACUGAGCGCUUCAGGCUACUGCUCACCGACCGAGUGGGUGUGGUGAGGAACCUGACUCUGGAGAGCACCGCUAAAGACUACACUGUCACCGACCUGGUGCCAGGGCGCGUGUAUAACAUCACCAUGGUGACGGAGGCAGGGGGACGCCAGAGUACCACCUCAAGACAAAUACAGACGGUGCCCUAUGCCGUCUCCAACCUGAAGCUAGAGAACAAUAACACCCAGGACAGUUUGAGAGCAUCAUGGAGUCAACCCCAGGGUGAUGUGGACUCUAUAGUGGUGACCCUGUCCUCGUCUGGAACCACCCCUCUGGAGAAGACCCUGUCAUCUGACACCACAAAGGCCCACUUCCACCAGCUGACACCUGGACGGACCUAUCAGGUGUCUGUUGCCACCAAGAGCGGAGAGCUCUCCAACCAAUCAACUGCCUCGGCUAACACAGUCCCAGGUAAAGUGUCCCAGCUCUCUAUGGAGGCGCUGGAUGACUCCAACUCUCUGAAGGUGAUGUGGGCUCCCCCUGGUGGACACUGGGAUAAGUACAGGGUGCUGCUGUUAAAUGGGACCCAGACUCUGGAUAACAGGACCGUGGAGAAAGGAGUGGUGGAGUACACCUUCUCUGGCCUGGGACUGGUUCCUGGGAGGACCUACAGGGCUGGGGUCAUGGUGGAGAGCACUGGGGAGCAAGGCACUGUGGAGUACUGCCACAGAGGAAUAGCUCCUAAGCCCGUCUCAGAGCUUCAUAUCCGCCAUGCUGACGAGACCUCCCUCAGCGCCCUGUGGAGUCACGCCCCCAACUCAGCCAGGGACAGCUACGCCGUGGAGCUCCGCCAUGGCAAUGCCACGGUUGCCACGAGAGACCUGACCCGUGACAUGAGGGAGUGCACCUUCAACGUGCUCAUGCCUGGACGCGUGUUCACCAUUACCGUGACAACCAAGAGCGGGGAGCUCAACAGCUCUGUGUCUGUGCUAGGGAGGACAGUACCUCUGGAGGUGAGGCGUGUCCACCUGAGCAACCAGGGCCACGUGGACAGUUUACAGGCCAACUGGGAACUCCCCCCUGGAGAUCUGGACUUCUGCAGCCUGCAGCUCCUCCACAACAACCGGGCCGUGCAGAACCACACCGUCCCAGCCAACACCACCUCUCUGCAGCUCAGAGACCUCAGGCCUGGCGCCUCCUACAGGCUGGUGGUCAGUACUGUCAGUGGUGGGAUGGUUUCGAAGCAGGCCGUGGCUGAGGGACGCACUGUACCAGCUGCGGUCGGAGAGGUCACGGUCAGUAACAACGGUCGUCCAGACUUCCUGGGGGUGUCGUGGCAGCCAGCGGUCGGAGAUGUGGACAGUUACCUGGUCCUACUGAAGGACCGCGACAGGACCGUACACAACCUGGUGGUUUCUAAGGCAAGCCCAGAGUGUGUGUUUAACUCCCUCAAGUCAGGGAGGCUGUACACCGUCUCCAUAGCAACCCGCAGCGGCAGCUUCCAGAACAACACGGUGGUGACGGCUCGUACACAACCCUCCAGUGUCCAGAACCCCAACGCCAUCCACUCUGCCAGGGACGACUUCCUGAAAGUCUACUGGCGCCAUGCGUCCGGAGACUUGGACCGUUACGAGGUGGUCAUUAAGUACAACAACACGGUGGUCCAGAACCAGACGGUGGCGCGGUCGCAGAACGACUGUGUGUUCAGCUCCCUGGUCCCCGGGAGGCUUUAUACAGUCACUGUCAGCACCUGGAGCGGAGAGUACCAGUCCAGUGUUUCUACUGAUGGGAGAACGUUCCCCUCUGCGGUGCGGAGCCUGGCCCUUGGUGACAGUGGUACAGGUGAUCUGGUGGUCACAUGGUCUCCAGCGCUGGGGGACGUUGAUCACUACGAGGUCCAGAUCCUCUUCAACGACACGCGGGUUUACCCGCCCGUAACCCUGGGCAACGAGGCCCGUGACCACCGCCUGGCCUCGCUCACCCCGGGACGCCUGUACAAGAUGGUGGUGUCCACCUUCAGUGGACCCAACCAGAGACCUCAGUUCAUCGAGGGCAGGACAGGUCAGUACCAGGUGAGGAACAUGCCCGGCCAGGGAGCAGGCUGCCAGCCUGAGGGUGUCCUGGACCUGGUGAUGGAGACGUGGACAUUCCCCUCCACAGUGACAGCGCUCCAGGCAGACAGUGACCACACCACCCACAGUCUAACAGUGACCUGGGAGACUACAGUGGGAGUGUACGAGGGUUACAAGAUCCAGCUCCUGGAUGAUGGACGUGACAUAGUCUCUAAUAUUUCCAUGCCCCAGGGCUCCACCAGGCACCUCUUCGACCAGCUCACCCCUGGGAAGUGGUACCGAGUUCGGGUCGUAUCCGUCAGUGGAGGGAUCGACGGCAAGGAGGCCGUGGCUGAGGGACAAACACGUCCAGCUGCAGUCAACGGUCUGACGGUGAUGACUGCCAACACCAGCGGUCUGAGUUUCAUCUGGCGCCCGUCCGAGGGCUACGUGGACGGAUACGACCUGUUCCUGUAUAACGUUGACGAGACGUUGCGUGGCCGUCAGACCGUGGAGGCCGGAACCCAGAAGUGCUCCUUCUCUGGUCUGGUCCCAGGGACGCUGUACAAGAUGGAGGUGGUGAGCAGGAGCAGAGGCAUGAGCAGUGACUCAUCUAUCCUAGCACGGACAGUCCCAGCCCCAGUGCGCUCUCUCCACGUCCAGGGUGGUAAGCGUACUGACCGUCUCUCCAUCAGCUGGCUGCCUGGGGCAGGGGAGUGGAGUGGGUAUCAAGUGGUCCUGUACGGUGGCCUGGAGGGCUCAACCACUACCCUGGCCGCCCAGGAGCUGGGCAUGCAGCAGAGAGAACACCUGUUCCAGGGACUGGUACCUGGCCGUGUGUACCGGGCUGAGGUGGUCACACACAGUGGAGAGCUGACUAAUGCUGUGUCUGCAAAGGGAAGGACGGCCCCAGAGCCUCCCUCCAUGGUAUCCUUCAGGGACAUCAGUGGCAACAGCUCUGUAGAACUGACCUGGGAUGGUCCCGCCUCUGGUGACUACGACACCUUUGACCUCCAAUGGGCUCCCAGAGAUUCCCUGUCAAUCACAGCGCCUCAGCCAACCAGCCGCAUCCUGGAUGGGAUGUUCCCGGGACGACUGUACAACUUCACCAUCCGCACUGUCAGUGGGGGAGGAGUCAAGGGCGGGCCUAUCGCCAACAGCCAGCCAAUCCAGAGGAGCCUCAGAACAAACCCAUCCAGACUGCGGAACAUGCAUUGUUUCCCCCAGAGUUCCUCAUCCAUCUCCUGUUCCUGGACCUUCCCUGACUCCCACUGGGACUCCUAUACCGUGGAGGUGCGUCAGCAGGACAGCUGGGAGCUGGUGUACGCCCUGCGUCUGGCCCAGGAUAGUACCUUACUCAGCCUGGAGAACCUACAGCCUUACAGGAGAUACAACGUGGCUGUCAGAGUGGCCUCAGCUGGACUCAGCAGCCCCGCCGUGGAGGAGAACGUGGUCACCAUGAUCGACCGCCCGCCCCCUACCACAAUACGGGUCAAUGAGAGGGCGGUACGCAUCACCCCCUCCACCAUUUUGUUCAAGUUCAACUGCAGCUGGUUCAGCGACGUCAACGGAGCCGUCAGGUUCUUCACUGUCAUCGUGGCUGAGUCCAAUGACAAUGAAGUCCUGCAUACAGAGCAGCUCCACCCUCUACCUUCCUUCCAGGACUACAGAACCAACAGCUCCGUGCGGGCCUACCAGACAGGCUACUUUCCCAGUGGCUGUGCCCAGGAACAGGGAAUGGGAGCUGGGCAUGUGUUUGAGGUCAACCUGGGGGCGGGGCUGGAUCGCCUGGGAGGGCCUUGUGAUUCAGAGGAGGAUGAUGAUAACGAUCACAGCAGUGAUCUCUACCACUUCUGUGAUGGGCCUCUCAAGCCUAAGACUGCCUACAGAAUCAGUGUCCGAGCCUUCACUCAGCUGUUUGACGAAGACCACAGAGAGUUCCCCCAACCUCUCUACAGGGACACCUUCCUGUCUCCACCCAUCAGGACACAAGCAGAGCCCCUCAGCGGAGUCAUCGAGGGCAUCAGCGCCGGAAUGUUCCUCAUCGGAAUGUUGAUCGCCGUCAUCUCCCUCCUCGUCUACAGGCAGAGAAUCCGUAAAGUGGCAGUACAGGAAAGCCCAGUGGUACGGAUGAGCAUGUGGAAGCAGGGGCCUACAUCAGGGAUGUACGUUGGAGUCAGAAGCAACCGACGCAUCUCAAGCCCCGUCAAAGCAGCCCACUUUGAAUCCCACCUCACUAAGCUACAGGCAGACUCCAACUAUCUUCUGUCAGAAGAGUUUGAGGAUCUGAAGGAUGUGGGUCGUAACCAGCCUCUGGAUGCAGCCCGUCUACCAGAGAACAGGGGCAAGAACCGUUACAACAACAUCCUGCCCUAUGAUUCCACCAGAGUGAAGCUCUCCUACCUGGAGGAUGACCCCUGUUCUGACUUCAUCAAUGCCAGUUAUAUACCAGGGAACAACUUCCGCCGUGAGUACAUCGCCACCCAAGGCCCUCUCCCCGGAACCAAGGAUGACUUCUGGAGGAUGGUGUGGGAGCACAACGUGUACAACGUCGUCAUGGUGACGCAGUGUGUCGAGAAGGGACGGGUGAAGUGUGACCACUACUGGCCGGCUGACCGGGAGCCUCUGUACUAUGGAGACCUGGUGGUUCAAAUGCUGUCUGAGUCUGUCCUGGCUGAAUGGACAAUCAGGGAGUUCAAGAUCAGCUCUGAGGGUCGUCCCAGCUUCCCUCGGGUGGUGAGACACUUCCACUACACGGUGUGGCCAGACCACGGGGUCCCCGAGACCACCCAGUCCCUCAUCGAGUUCGUACGGACCGUCCGGGACUACAUCGACAGGGCCCCCAGCACUGGAGCCACCGUUGUUCACUGCAGUGCUGGAGUGGGUCGUACAGGGACGUUCAUGGUUCUGGACCGGGUCCUUCAACAGCUGGACAGCAUAGGAACAGUGGACGUCUACGGCUGUGUGUUUGACCUCCGACUGCACCGCUCUCACAUGGUGCAAACAGAGAUUUUGUGUACACGGGACGCUAACUAA